AAAGGACCGCAAGGCCCCUGUCUGACUAUGCCUUUUUGGAAGAUGGGGCUGUGUAGGAAGUCGUAUUAUUCCCUGCGUUCAUGAAUAAAACUAAAAUAGCGUUUCGCGUUGCUCAGUUUCAGGAAGCGAUCGGCAAGGAUCGACAUCUUUUUAUAUACUCUACACCUGCUCGCUCACCGCGCAUCCUCUCCAUCCUCGAUUUUGUUUUCAUACUUCAAACGUCCUCGCGAUCCAUUACCAACAUGACCACUGUUUCACCCCCGAGAACAUCAUCAUCUACCACUGCAUCAAAUCCAGAUGCUGACAAAGCGAUACGAAAUGGCGCUAUCGCUGGAGGUGUCGUGGGCGGCCUGGCAGUCAUUGGCAUUGUCGUCAUCGUGCUAUACUGGAUUCGACGACGCAAUCCAAGGCCCGUGAAAGAAUCAACGAAGCAUGUCGACGAUGUGGAAAGGGCAUUUCCAACCGCAGCUCCAAGCGAGUAUCAAUAUCACGCGGCGGUACCGGAGAUGGAGCAACCAGCACGCCUUCCACCGAGUUUCCGGCCACAAGAAGUCCCAGGGGGAGUCAAUCAGGUGUAUGAGCUACCGGUUGUGCAUAAGUGAAGAGGGACACCACUGAAGUAGAAAAGUGUACGCAUGUAGGCAGAGAAGGAGAAGACGCGCAUAACUCGAUCGAUGACAGCAACACCUUGGAGCGCUUGAAGCUAUGGGAUUGAGAGGUCGAUAUGGAUCCUCGAACAGUUACGCAGCGAGCGGCACUGUCUUGAGCGGAAGUUAUCCGAGCAUUAGUGUGGACCAUGGGCGUGCAAAGCAGCAUUUGAAUAGCUACUACAGCUCCAGGACCCAACAAGAAGGAAACAGGGGGACUAAAGCAACAUUAUACACUCACUCCCCCGCCUCCUGAACCUGGGAAACGAAUAUCGUUGAUACAGAGGUUGGAAUCUCCAGUCACAUAUACUAGCUUGGAGAGGAGUAAAGUUGUUCGUU